AUGACGGAGUUAGAUAGUCCUCCCCCUAAGACAGCUAGGCAAAGAAGCGCUAGAUUUACGGAAGCCGAGGAUAAUAUCCUGAAAGAUCUUGUAAAGGAUAACAAGAAAAGAACAUGGAAAGAAAUCGCCACAUUUUUACCAGGCCGUACAGCAUGCCAAUGCCGUGAUAGAUAUAAUCAAUAUCUUUUUAAGCAAGUUAUCGUGAAACCCUGGACAAACGAAGAAGAUGAAAUUAUAGUAGAAAAAUAUCGCCUUUUUGGUCCACAUUGGGUAAAAAUAUCGGAAUUCCUUCCAGGUAGGAGUGGAAAUAAUAUUAAAAAUCGCUGGAAUAGCGCUUUACAAAAAUAUCAUGGCAUUUCUCAUGAAAUGCCAAAACAAAAGAGAAGAUCCAAAAAGGUAAAGUGGGGAGAAGUAGAAGAAAGAAAAGAAGAUCCUAUUCAGAUAACUUAUCCUUUGAUUCCUACGACUCCAAAUAUCAUUGAGCCGACUAAUUAUUCAGAUAUAAUCCCAAAGGCAUUCUCCAAACCAAAUGUUAUUGACCUUGAUUUUAGCAUCGAGUAUAAAAAGAUAUUUUGUUAA